AUGUCUGACAGACAUUCUUCUCCUGCUCCUUCUGAAGGCCCAUCAGAGAGGCCGGUUGUAAACCUGCCAAAGUCGGUCGAUGCUGAGGGCGACUAUGACAUGGACACUCCAAGCGGGGCGCCAACUGGCGAGGCGCCACCUGUAAAGCCACAGACGGUCGAUUCUGAUGGCGACCAUGACAUGGACGCUCCAAGCAAGGCUGAGGUCAGUGACGCGUAUGACUCUGACUCAGAUGCCAUGGAAGGUGUCGAGACAAAGCCAGUGACGGAGACCAUCGUCAUAAAGACCAAAGAUCUUCCUGCGUACCAUAAAGAUCUCGUCAUGAAGUUGAACGAGCAGUUUUACGCUCCGCAAACCGCCGUGGGUAAGCCUGAUGGUAACGCACCCCCUGUCGACUCAGAGAAGUUCUUUAAUCUGCGCGGACAAGACAUUUCGUCAUCCACAUUACCCGAAGGUAUGGCGUCGGGGAACAAGCUCAAGGCCCUUGUCAUGGGAGGGGACUUGUUCGCGGGCAUACACAUGGAGACAUCGCCCGAACUCGCCAAAUUUCGAGAUGCGGCUGCAGAGCAAACCGGAGCGUCAGCUGCUGCCCCGAACACAAAGAACGCACCGACGACGGGCCUCUCGCUAAAUCUACCCAUCAGGUCGGCGACGAACAAGCUCUCAGCGACAUCCACAUCGGCGUUGACGAAGCCCUCGAUUCCAGAGCCACCGGCGCACGAAUGUGUCAAGGUUUUCUUCCACUUGGACUCACAGACUCCGAACAUCGAGUUCGUCACCCAGGAUCCCAAGACGGAUAAUACCAUGUCGUGCAGGCUAUGGGCUCAAGAUAUGGAUUAUGACGAGUCGCGCGUCAAGUUCCAAGUCGAGAAGUACCUGCCUGAUCCGACGAUAGAUAGGAGCAAGCCUAGCGACAAGCGCGAACACCAUGGUCUAAGGCAUCUCGAAAAGAUGUCGCAAAGCUACCAAAAGACAUGUGUCAUUGCGGUCACCAUCGAUGUCCAGCAGGCUUCACAUCGCCACUGGGAAGGCAUCUCUGCUGCUGACUUGGCCGCCAUCCGGAGUGAGAAUGCACAAGAUCCAAAGGAAGGAGAGGUACGGAGAUAUAUCCCCCCCAACAAUUGGGCUGCUGCCAAGGACAAGAGUCGGUUUGAGACACGGAACAACCUUGUCAAGAUGUUGGACCAGGAGACAACAUUCAAACUCUACUUCACCUGCAAGACGAGCGAUGGGCCAACCAAGCAAUGGAAGAAGUUUGGCGGUUACAUGCGAAAUCUCCUUACCAUGGCUCAAGCGUACGGAAACUUCUGGUGGUAUAAGCACCAGCUUUCCGAACACGACGUGUCAUUGAGUAUUGAGAAUCCGGUUCUCGCACCUAUCGACUGGAUAGUACCUCGCUGGCUUGUGACCGAGUGGUCAUUCGAGAAGACGACUUCAUCGACGCUUGCUCAGUCUGUAUCUAAACCCAAGCCUCAUAAGUGGUCACCCCUCGAGUUCCCGACGUCGGGGUACCCAAAUUCGAAUGAGGCUGCUUUCCUCCUCAAGCUCGGCGUUAGGGACGAGCAAGAACGCCAGAUUCGCGACCUCAAGGAACUUGUGCAGAGCGACGGCACCAAGUGGUUCAAGGGUCGUUUCCGGAGGGCCAACACCACGGGGGUCGUCUACGUUGUCGAAGUCUACUUGGGUCUUGAGCAGGAAAUGGCAGACGCCAAUAUCAAGAUACCCCAGCCCGGAACUCGGAUCCGCUUCGCGGUCGACAAGGACGCAACGAAGAAGCCUUCGAAAAAGAACUCGGUGUCAUUCGAAGGUAUUGUCGUCUACGACUCGCUAGGGACCAAGGCAUCCUUUAUCUGUGUGGUAGAUUGUCGUCAUAAAGCUCUCGCUGUGGCAGAUAGCUCCGUCGAGUACAAUCUGUUCAUCAGCUACCUCGUCGACAAGACUACAUCCAAGCGCAUGCUGGAAGGUAUUGCCUUGCUGCAGACGAACAAAGAAUCGUAUGGUCCCGACUCUCGAGGCGUAGUCCUUGGCUGCAGGAAUACUGCCUUCAAAACCGACAUCCUGAAGACUGAGUUCGACGAGACACGACUGGGGAUGUUUGAGACAAGCAUUGACGAGAUGCAUCCACCUUCCAAUGCCUCACAAAAGGAAGCCAUGAUGAACACUUGUCGCUCAGACACCGGUAAUGUUGUCAUAAUCGGUCCUCCUGGGACUGGAAAGUCCGCAACUAUCGACAAGAUUGGCCACGCACAUUUAGCCCUCGAUCGCCGAGUCAUGUACUGCGCACCGAUGAACUCGAACGUCCACGGGCUGAUCGACAAGUUCGUGGAGUACAACCAAGCAACCGACCAGCAGAAGUACUCGGACAACGAAUGGGUGCUCGUGACUGGAGGCUACACUACCAUCGACAAGGCCAGGAAGCUGCGUAAGAGUCAAGAUGCAGACAUUCAAGACUUGGAAAAUGCCAACGCGCGUUUAUCCAGCUACGUCAAGGACGCAAAGAAUCGCAAAAACGUUCCUCACUAUGAGCGCACCCUUGGCUACAAGGUCAGGCAACAGAUCGAUGUCUUUGCUGCGAACGAUAAGUACGACGAGUCGGACGGUAAAGGCCUUUACACUGAUGCCAAACGCUACCUGAAAUUGGAGCACGAUCUGCCUUACUUGCAGGAUGACAGCGCACGCAAGGAGGCGAAAGAUGAACUUGAUGAUCUGGAACACCAGUUCACGGUCCAUUUCCUCAAGAAAGUGAAGGUCCUGUUCUGUACCGUGUCGACCUCUGCGCACCCUCUCGUCCAGGAUAGUGGUGAUUGGGACAUCCUCGUCAUCGAUGAGGCAGCCCGAGAAACACGUGCGGGCAUUGCAGUAGCGCUCGGUACAUUGCAUGGACGCGUGAAGCUCAUCGUCUGGGCUGGUGACUACGAGCAAGGCACAGGCGUCAUCACGGGUCAGGAUUCCAACGUGGGCUACAACUUGCUUGCGCGCAACGUUUUCGAGAGCUUGGCCGGGAUAAAGAAGGCGAAGGAUGAGGCCAGCCCUUGCGAGGUCAUAAUUCUGAACACCUGCUACCGCAUGCAGCAAUCUCUCAUUGAUUGGUCAUCACACCACCUCUACGAUGAUAAGGUCAAGUCUCAUGAGGACGCCGGUAAGAGAGAUAUGCCACUCCGUAACACCCUCAGGCGAUAUUGGGCCAAUCGCUUGCCCGACGACUUCACAGGAAACUUUACCGAGAUCGGCAUCGACGUCACACACGAGGGGUUUGCAUCAGAACUCUUGACAGGUACUACGACGAGGCUCAAUCGCCAUGAGGCUCGUCAAAUCGCCUGUACUGUUGUCGAUAUGCUCAGCUUCGAGCCACCGAAGUCGAAAGGCGAGCCAUGUCGUAGGAUACUGGCAGAGGACAUCUGUCUCAUUUCCAACUUCACCGGCCAGGUCAUGGAGCUCAGGAAGGCUGUGAAACAUCGCGCCGAGGAGAUGGAGUUCGAUCUGGCGAAACUUGAGCACCUCUUGUACCAUACCACUGCAGAAGUGCAAGGUAAGGAGAGGAACAUCACAAUGUACUGCACCGUGCUCGCCGACGGAACCACUAGGUUGGCCCAGCAAGAUCGCCUUCCCAUUGGGUUCGUUGCAGACAUCAAGAACCUGAACGUCUCUGUGACGCGCUGCAAGAUCGCCCGCUACACAUUUGGAGCUUUGAAACUCUUCUUGCAGGCGCAGAUAGACAAUCAUACCAUCUCGAAGAACAAGCGUUAUUCCGGAUUCUUCGACUUUAUGAGCCGAUUGAAUUCGAUGGAGUCUAUCAUUGCAUACAAAGACAGCGAGCGUUGGUUCCGCGAUGGCUCUAAACCCAAUGACUUCGGCAACUUCAGAAAAUCGCUGGAGGACGCUGUCUCUUACACGUCCCGGGCAGCUAACAACAUGCCUAACAAGGCACCAGCCCGCCAGAACAGGAUGACGACAGGCCAGAACAGGAUGACGACGACAGUCCAGAACAAUUUCCAGGCACCUCCAAGGAAUGUAAGAUUCGCUGGUGAUCGUGAAGGUGGCCUCUUGAGAGCCUCGAGGCCUGCGGGAGUCCAGAAAGAGAACUCAAAGAGGCGUGGUGGCCAGGGCGGCGCUAAGAAGGGCAGGAGGGAUGACCGCGAAGAUGGUGGCGGCUCUGGCCAUGGAACUGAAUCCGGUCAGGGUCAGCAGACCCAGUGGUAA